AUGCCAUUUCAGGAUCAAAUAAUUGGAGUUACAAUGACUACCGUGGCUGCGGUUAUCAAAAGAGCUGAUGAUGAUUCCACCACAACAACUAGUUUACCUACAGUUUCCUCCCUGGGUAUGCCAACUUUAUCUGACCCAAAUGCAUACACUACCCCAAGUGUCACUGUGCCACCAAAUAGUGGUAACCCUUUCAUAAUAAGACAAUCCAACCCGGCUGGAACUGUGUUUAUUGCUGUCGGGGCAAUAGUCGGAGCUAUUUUACUAGGUUUUAUCUUGUACCACUUGAUUGUUUCUUUGACUGCCUCUAGAUUGGCCAAAAGAACUAGUGCUGAUGAUAAGAAAUUAUAUGAAAAGUAUCAACACAAUAAUAAUAACGCUUAUGGAUUCUCUGGUAUGACACCACAAUCUACUUUGAACAAUUUCACCACCGAGUAUGGUGGUUCUGUUUCCAAAUUGCCUUUGUUGAAUAAAUCAUUUGGUAAUAUAAAUGGCUCACAAGUUGGAGAUAACUCAACAAUUUACCAAUCCGAAGUUGGUGCGGCUGUGACAUCAAAACACGAUUUAACAAAGAUGUUUGUUUCACCAACAGCUGAGGUUAUGCAACACAAGAGAGUCAGAUCUAGUCAUUACAAUCCAUCAUUAAGUAAUUUGUCUUUUGGUGGUUCCACAAGUAAUUUAGUUAAUCCAUCACCUGCUACAAAUAGACAUUCACAAGUGGUACCUAACUUGUACAUUAACCAAGAGGUCAACAAUAGUGAUUAUUCCUUAUCUCAACAAGGUUCUAUGGCAGCAUCGUCCCAACAACAAAGUCAACAACAGCAACAACUUUCUACUCCAUCCAAUAGAAGAACACUUCCUUCUAUGUAUCUUGAAGAUUUAAUUGAUAAAGAAUAG